AUGGUGUUUGGAGGCGUGCUCGGCCGAGGAGGUAUGAGCCUAGCGGAAGUGGAUGUACUUGUCCAUAAGAAAACAAGCGAAGCGCAUCAGCAGAUACAGCAACAGCCACAACAACGGCCGAGCUCGCAGAGUGGGGAGUUUGAUAGUGCGCUUAGAACACCUGAGGCUAAUCCGGUUGCUUGGUUACAGGAGAAACUGGAUGAUACCCUUGCUAAACAGCAUCAGAUGACUGAUGAUAUUGAGGGUUUGAAUAGGGAUCUGGCGGAAAGCGAUCGACAAAUUGCCCAGUUCCGCCAUCUAUAUGCCGAGGUACACCGAUCGGUCAAGGAAUCUAUCAAUGGUAAUGGCAGCGAAUUGCUGGCGAUCAAGACGCAAUCGACCGUGGCCACAUCUAGUGAGGUGGUGGGAACGUUGUCUAUGACAUCUCAGACUUGUAUGCUUAUACACUCCCUGCCUACCAGUGAUCCACCUCCCUCUCCGACGUCAAGCACCAAGACAGAAGAUACAAAUCCUUUAGAAUGUGUGGGGUCUAAGGAAGUGGACAGCUCUAUGGAGCCUCCGGCUCCAACAAAUAUCGUGGUUUCCCCAACUGUGCAAAUAUCUAGAGACAAGGCGCAAGAAACUGCAAAGAAACCCCCUGACGCUGCCGAAAGUGCAGACAAAGAGGACGGGACACCCCCAGCGGUCACGCCAAUGUUUUUCAACCCCAUUGGCUACGGGAAGAGAAUGGUAUUCCCCUCUGGCUAG